CAACGAUAUACUUGUGUAUAGGUGUGGCAUAGCUACUCGACCAGGUAUAACGCCAAUUUUCUGCGUUUUUUGCUGGUCGCUCCUCUUCCCAUCAAUAGAACCGAUACAUUCGAUAAUUAAAAAGACCAGGGUAUGUGUGAACAGAGAUGCCCGACAAUUAAACGGAAAAGAUCGUCGACCGCGCAAUCAAAUAUAAAAUUUAAAGGAACAACAACUGAACGACCAACAAAAAAAGAUGCGCGUCCUUUUAUGUAGAACAAAUAUCACACGUUUAUUUGUCUCUUUUUUCUAGUAUUGUUUCUUCUUAUGUUAUAUUAAUUUCCGAAAGGAAAGACUAAACUUUCGAUUCUUUCAUUUGGACUCGACGAUAAAAUGCAGACCAGCUGGCGUGAUCCACACCGAACAAAAAAAAAGGUUCAUUCGAUUCGUGUGUUGUUUUAAUUGAACUGAACGGUGACCAUAGUGGGCGACCGUAAUAACAAUAUAACAAACCGGACGGACGCGAGUGUUGAGAGAACAUCAUCCACACCAGAUGGUCCCGUGUACUAUACAGUAACCAUCCGCUGCUGAUGUCCCGCGCGUUCACAAACUUUAUUCUUCGGUCGGGAACAUUGUCGUCACCGGUUCACAGCCUUCUUCUUAUCGGCAGUGUAACACACCCGAGUGUGUGGUGCACUAUAGACGCGUGUAAUAACGACAACCAUGCGAAACCUAAUCAAGUCAUUAUUACGGACACGCCAUCACAAUUCACAAUGCCAAGUUCAUUGUCCCUUUGAAUAAUUUCGGCUCUGUGUCUUUUCUGUUUUCUUAUUAGAAACAUAAUAAUGAUAAUUAUUAACUCUUUUUUUUUCUCAUCAACAAGAAACAAUAUACAAAACAUCUCAAUAGAAAAUGAGUGUGUGUGGAUAGUUAUUAUUAUGUAAACUGGCAUCUAUGUUUUCUUUUUAAUGAUCGUGUUUUUUCGUUUUUCAGGAAUUUCUCAGUUGACUGGAGGUUUUUUAAUGUUUUCUCUGGAAAAAAGGAAAAGGUCCUUUCAGAAAAAUAAAAACGAUUAUGUAUUUUGCUGGUAAUUAUGUGUGAAAUGAUUUAUAUCGGAAUCCCUUUCCGUUUUUAUGGCGAAUUGUUACGAAAAAUUCUUAGCAGACGAUAAAAAUGUCCCAAUCCUGGUGUGUAGACGUCAUGUUUCGCUGGUCGACUUGAAAACUAUUCCGAAGAAGAAAGAAGAAUGUGAGGAAUGUCUCAUGGCAUCAUCAUGGUUAAUUAUUCGUCGACGACAUGUGUUGGAAGGUUUCGGACGGACCACGUGUGGGUCCCUUUGUCAAAUAAUGAUACCGUGUGCCUCCUGUUCACAACCAGUAUUUGACGUGCUCGGCCGGUCGAUCCGGAGGACGUUGCGUCUCUACCAGCCGUCAAGAUGCCAUCCGCCAGUCCGUUUGAGGGUGGGCUGAUCUGCGGCAUCAACAAAUCGACAGACUCGUCGUCUUCCUUCGUCAUCGGCGGAGGUGCCGGAGGCGGUUGGGAUUGUGACGAAUACUUCCCCAUGUGCGACGACCUGUUCACCGUCAGCGUCGUCAACAACAACAACAGCAACAACAAUUCCAUGGCCCCACAUCUUGGCCACCAUCUCAUCAACAACCACCACGAAGCUCAGCCACAGCAGCAGCAACAACAUUUGGCGGUGGAUGUCUCGCCGGAUGCAUCCGUCGCCCAUCAUCACAGCAACCACCUCCAUCAGCAACACCACCACCACCUCCAACAACAACAACAACAACAUCCCAACGACUUUAUGGUUCACCUGUUACCGCUCGGCGGUGGUGGUGGUGGCGCCGACCAAAGCAACAACAACAACAACAACACCACCGCCAACAGCAUGAAUAACAAUUCAGCCACCGCCCACAAGACCAUCCCAGUCUUUUCCAGCAGCUUUUCCAACGGCGCCUGGGAGAAGAAACUGCCGGCCGACUGGGAUGAGAGCGACACGAUCGAUUGGCUUUUCACCGUCGCCAACAAACUGGGAAUCCCUUGCGAAUAUUUCGCUAGUUUCAGCCACCUCAGAGGAGCCAAUCUGCUGGAAAUGAACAAAGAGGAUUUCCAAUUGAAGUAUCCCAAUCAUGGCCACAAAUUCUACGAGGCCUUUAGGCAGCUCGUCCAUCAGAUCCAAAUCCAGCAACAACAACAACAGCAACAACAACAACACAGUCCGGCCAUCAUCGAAGGCAACGCCACUGAUCUCUUGGGCCUGCAGAAUGCGCCGGCCGUGCACCAUCAUCACCACCUCCUCCAUCCAGCCAACAAUGUCGACUGCUGGUCGAUGAUGCCCCCGUCGAUGGAGCAGAAUAACUACACGGCCACGGUGGCUACCAACAGCACGGUGGUUGUUGGAGGCCAGCAACAACCGGAAAACAGUAUGGGACUAACUAAUGGCGGUUACUGCGGAACGGCGGCCCAAGAGCGGGCCGGCCAGCACCAGUACAGCAGCAGCAGCAGCAACAACAACCCCAUGGAUUCGUCGUCUACUUCGUCUUACAUUUACCUCAACGGUUCAGCGAAUCACCACCAUCACAGUAGUAGUCAUCACCAACACCAUCAACAACAUCAUUCGGCCGGCAGCAAAAGUCUUGGCGGUUACGGAAGCGAUCCGCUCCAGCUGAACAAUUUCCACCACCACCACCACCAGCACAACCCGCACCACCACCAUCAGCAGCAGCAGCAGCAACAACACGAAAGUUACGAUUCGUAUUCGGUGGACUUGAUGGGGCCGGAUCAUUACUCGGAGAAUUACUCCAACAGUACGCCUUCUUCCGAUCCGGAAGAGAUGACGGCGCCCAGCGAUUGCGCCACGCCCCAGAUGAUGGCCAACAGUUCGGCAGUCAAUGGGGCCGGUCUGCUGAAGCGGGUGGGCCGGCCCAGUACGGCGGGCAAGAGUAGCAGCAGCUCGAGCAGCAGCAGCAGCAGCCGGCGGAGGAAGCAGGACAGAGGCUACGGCAAACUCUGGGAAUUCAUCCGCGACCUUUUGCACGACCCCAAGUACUGCCCCAGCAUGGUCAGGUGGGAGGACGUCAACGACGGAGUCUUCCGCAUCGUCCAGAGCGAGAAACUGGCCAAUUUGUGGGGCACCAUCAAGAACAAUCCUCGAAUGACGUACGAAAAACUCAGCAGGGCCAUGAGGUACUACUACAAAAGUAAAGUGUUUCUGCCGGUGCUGGGCCGUCGUCUAGUGUACAAAUUCGGUCCCCACGCCGUCCUGUGGAGGCCGGACAACCCGAAUUUCGAGCACCCAACGAUGGAAGGAGAUGAUGUGAGGCACAGUGUGAGGACGUGACGUAAUCGAUUUAUUGCGGUUAGUUCCCGCCAAGUAUAGUUACAAAUUACCUCAUCGAAAAUCAAGAGAAAUAAGAAAAAAGGUUGUUAUGUAAGUAGAACAAGGGUUAAAACAUGUUACAUCCAUUGCCAAAACAAACAAGAUCGUUUUAUUCCUUCAAACUUAUAAAAGAAUGGGAAAACAAAUUUGUCAUUAUCGGGGAAAACAGACAAUGCAAAUGGGCACAAGAUUUCAAAUCGAAUUUUUUUUUUAGUUUUAAAUUAAAUUAAAAUUUGAUAUACAUUUAAUCAAAUGACGAGAAAAAAAAGUUGUAAAUUUAUUGAACGGAGGCAAUUGUGUAAACUUAAUCACUUCAAAAUAACCAUGAAAAAUCACGUCACAUCGUUCUUUUUUCCUCUCUUGAUUUGAUAUAAAUAAUUAUAAAUAGCUACGAAGAAAAAAGGCAAGUGGUGCAAUCAACGUGUUGUGAAAUCUCUCUCGCGUAACCCCGUUUCAAUUGGUUGAUGAAAUUGUGCUGAUUCGUCGUGAUGAUACCCUCCCAUUCGUCAAAACCAAAUCAUUUCAGAGUACCAAGAAUCUCGUAAAAUAAUUUGCAGUUUCUCUCAUUUGAUUCGACGAUACUUUUUUUGUUGUUUUUCUUGAGUUGUUGCUGUUGUUGUUGUUGUUGACUAGGUUUCUUGAAUGAAUUCCCGAUCCCUGGCAUUCAUGACGUUGUUAUUACUGUUGUCGUUUUCGGUUGAAAUUUCACACACUUUUGUGCCAUUCCCGUCACACCAAACUUCCCCACGCACACAAUUUUGUUUUUCUUCUUCAAAAUUUCACU